GAACAAACGAUUUCCUCACCACUCACUCACUCACUCAACUGUUCCACCACUGAUAACAAACCUCACCACCGAAACCCGACCUCUCCACCACAAACCACAACACAUCCACCCGCCCUUCACGAAAAAAAAAUGUCCCGCGAAGCCUACCAAGUCCCCGCCGGCCUAGGCGGUAACCAGAACGCCUUCGGCGGCGCCGACUCGAUGGGCGCCGGCGGCGCGGGCUCGCUCGACGGCCCCGUCGUCGCCUACCUGUGCGGCGAGUGUAACUCGCGGGUUUCCCUGAAGCGCGGCGAUCAGAUCCGGUGCAAGGAGUGCGGACAUCGGGUUCUGUAUAAGGAGCGGACGAAGAGAAUGGUGCAGUUUGAGGCGCGGUGAUUUGUAUGGGAUUCUUCUUGGGGGCGGUUUAGGGAUUGGAUUGGAUCUGAGGGGAGGGGAGGGCAGCGGAGUGGAAGAAUGAGAAGGAAGGGGUCGGGAGUUGGGACAGACUUGGUCUUGCUCUCGUUACGAUUGAUGUGCAUUCUUGUGGUGUUUGGGAGUUUUACUAUCUUUGUUGCUCUGUUUGCGUGGGUGGAAUCUGGCGGUUGAAGGUUGGUCGGUCGGUCGGUCGGUGGAAGGUGGGGGUGGGAUUGGCCCGGUGGGCUUGAGAUGUUCUUUGUCUCCUGCUAAAGUGCUGUCCCUGUUUACUACGGGCGGAUGUGCAUGGCAAGCGCCUGGUGUAAGACCUCCUUAGCUAUUGGCUAAAUGAUACCUCGUCGAUGUGACCCUUGA